AAUAACUUUUUGAGUAUGUUUUAUAAUGAUUAUCGUAUUGUUUUUAAUUUUAGCUAAACCUACAAUAUCAUCAUUAUUAUCACGUGUAAAAAACCGAUACGAGUACUUACCUCAUGAAGAUACAGAUUUUGGGUCGGAAGACUUAUACGAAUUUGUGAGCACCAAUGAUUUUUUACCGGAACCAAAGAACAUUGUACCCAAAUUGUACGAUUUAAAUCCAAAUAGUUAUAAACAAAGAAAAUCAACAAUGUAUGAGAUCCCGUAUAGUUUCAAUAAAAUUCGUAAAACUAUGGAGAAUGAAGUAGUUUUUGAAGAAGCUCGUCAAACUAUACACGAUAAAAUUACUUUAAAACAUCGUAAGACUUUGGAAGAUAAAUCAAAAAACCAGAACAUAACGGAUAUUAUAUUAAAUACACACAUUUAUGACGUUGAAACAUAUGUUUCAUUAAAUAACAAUUAUUCUACAGAAAUUUAUUUAAAAGUUAGAAGUAACAGACCAACUAAAAAUAUGAGCACAGAUACAACAAUAAAAAGACGAAAGACGUUCGCAUCGCUUUUUCCAACUAGAAGAAACUUUGAACCUAUCGUGGUUGUUACAGAAACCACAAAAUCACGUAGACGUAAAACAAAGUACCCAGAUUGGCUGACUUGGCUAACUAAUGCUUCUGAUACGACUACAACAACUUUUUUUGAGACCUUGAAAUCUUCUGCGCCUUCGGAAAGUCCAUUAACAUCUAUUACUACAUUUGAAAUGACACAAAGUGCACCCAAAGGCAAUAAGUUGAAGACAAAAGUUCACUCUUGCUAUAUGUGCGGAGUAUUGAAGAGUGGAAUACCGAGAAAUCAAGAAUGCUACCUAGUUUUUGAUUCGCCUGAUCUAAGAUACCGAUAUAAGAAGAAGCGGUACCGUGUAAAGUGUGUCCAUAAAUCAGUAUCAUACUCGUCUGGUCGAAACUUCUAUGGGCCCUUCUUUCGCGGUGGUUGUUUCAAACGAUUCCUUGAUAUUGGUACAAUUUACAAUGAACGAGGAUGUCGGGUUAACUCGAAAUCGUCGAAGCGAGGGACCUAUGCCUCUAGUAGGUUUAGAAAAUUGGAAAAACUGCUAAAUAAUAUAGAAGAUGGGUGUGUUUCCAGUCCCCAUGCAUCGCUUACUCCAUUUAGUCGAGCUAUUUCUCUAUAUGCAAGAUACCAUGUUUGUGUUUGCAAGAAACGUUAUUGCAACGCCAGUACAAUGUUUACUUCUAGCAUAUUGUUAUACAGUUUGGUUUUAUUAAAGUUGUAA